GCCAACUUGAGAAUCAAGAUAGUUUUAGUUAAGUUUGGGAAGCAAAGGACAUGGCAUCUCUAGCAACAUUUGCUGCUGUUCAACCCACCACCAUCAAGGGCCUUGCUGGAAGCUCCAUCACAGGCACUAAGCUCCAUGUCAAGCCAUCACGCCAGAGCCUGAAAUCCACUAAUUAUAGGGCUGGUGCUGUGGUGGCGAAGUAUGGUGACAAGAGUGUGUACUUCGAUUUGGAGGAUUUGGGCAACACCACUGGCCAAUGGGACGUGUAUGGGUCUGAUGCCCCUUCACCCUACAACUCCCUCCAGAGCAAGUUCUUUGAGACAUUUGCUGCUCCAUUCACCAAGAGGGGUUUAUUGCUCAAGUUCUUGAUUUUGGGAGGUGGCUCCACCCUUGCUUACUUCAGCGCCACCGCAACAGGGGACAUUCUACCAAUCAAGAAGGGCCCACAGCUUCCACCAAAGCUCGGGCCACGUGGCAAAAUCUAAUUAUUUUAUGACAACCUUUUCUUGUAUUUAAAUGCAUCUUUUCUACAUCUUGUAAGUAUGUCUGAAGCCAAGCCUAAUUAAGACUGCUGUUAAUUGCUUCGAAUAUAUGUUUUCGAUGCAAUUUGGGGCAUUGCCUUUUUUACUCUGGAUCGCUUCUCAAUUGUGAUAUCUUGAUCAUCGAUAUUUGAUCAUAACUUUGUAUUGUGGUGAACAAUGAUUUGUUUGGCAGAGGAAAAAGAUUAUGCAUGCAGUGGAAAUUUACAACAUUUGUAUUAACAUGAUAAUCUGAAAAGAAGAGCUAUGUGUAUA